AUGCGCCUUCUAAACACUGAGGACAUUAUCGUGGAGUCCUUCCCAAGCCCAGCACAACCCGAAAUUCCCGACUAUGUGAUCCUUUCCCACAGAUGGAGAGAUAAGGAAGUCUCUUUCCAGGACAUCGAGCACCGCAAGGCUGGCGACGGCACCGAGGAGCUGGAGAGACUCGAAGGCGCUGAUAAGAUCCUCCGCUGCUGCAAAGAGGCCCGGAACAUGGGAUUCAAAUACGUGUGGAUUGACACAUGCUGCAUCAACAAGACCGAUCAAGUCGAGUUGACACAGGCGCUCAAUUCCAUGUUCGUUUGGUACCGACAAGCUCAGGUGUGCUACGCAUACCUGUCUGACGUGCCGAGCGACGAAGAUCCACUCAAGGAGGGCUCCAAGUUCCGGCAGAGCAAGUGGUUCACGCGUGGAUGGACGCUUCAGGAAUUGGUCGCGCCACAAUACGUGAUCUUCUUCGCGGGCGACUGGAAAGAAAUCGGGACGAAAUCUAGUUUCCAGGAACUCAUCAUAGAGGUCACCGGGAUCCCCGAGCAGGUUCUCUUGACCAACUCCGCAGGUGAGAUUAGCGUGGCUCAGAGGAUGUCGUGGGCUGCGAAGAGGAAGACGUCCGUUGUCGAGGAUCAGGCGUACUGUCUGCUGGGAUUGUUCAACGUGAAGAUGCAGAUGACUUAUGGAGAGGGGAGAGAAGCCUUCCGGCGAUUGCAGCUUGAGAUCAUGAAGGUUUCAGAUGACCAUACAAUCUUUGCUUGGGCGGGCAAGAGACAUCCGCCGAAGGGAGGGCUACUUGCCACGUCACCGCGGGACUUCGCACAUUGCCGCAAUGUGAGAAGGCUUGGUGAGAGCCCAGCGUUUUCCAUGACCAACAAAGGUAUCAUCAUGAAGCUUCCCCUCAUUCCGCAGGGCCAAAACGUCUUUUUGGGGAUUCUAAGCUGUCAGCGCAAACGAGCCGCGCAUUAUCAAGAUCGAUAUCCCUUGGGGAUAUACUUGGAAAGGGUUGGCGGGGAGGGCUCGACCAGCUACGUUCGCGUGCGGCCUGAGGAGAUGGAGGAAAUCACGGAAGAUGUUUCGUCGUACGAGGAAACGGAGAUUUGUGUCCGUGAGACUGAUCCUACAACUCUCGAUAUUUUGAGCUGGAUGCAGCCAGAACCCAAAUACCUGCUCUUAUUUACCAUCAAACAACGCGAACACGCCCUCCCCAACAUCGAAUAUGUCGGCGUCGACACGGGCUCCUUCUGGGUCGUCAAUAACGAAGAAAUCAGCCUGACCUUCCACGGCUCGGGCUGCAAUUCAAUCCUCAUCUUCAAAUCGACCGACCACCGCAUCUUCGCCAUCUCCCUUGGCGUGCACAACUACAACGUGUGGGGCGCCAUGACGAUCUCCACAGACGCAGAUAUCAAGCGGAUCGCGCGGGAAUACUGGGAUGGAAGUAUGAAGGACGCAAGGUGGUACAACAUGGAUCGCCGAAAAUUGCCUCUGGGAGAGGGUGAUGUGGCGACUUUGGCGAUCAGAAAGGGCAGAAAGGACGGCGGGAGGGUAUACAGGAUUGACAUCGACGCCGGGGAGAACUUUUGGCUCGAGACGGUUGGCCCAGGGAAUUUCCCCGGCUGGUGGGAUCCGGAGAAGAACAAGCAAACCUGA